AUGCGCGUACUGGAUUUCCCGCAGCAGAUAUCAAUGGAGAGCUUCAGGGUGCCGAAUUGGCCUCUGCUGGAGACUUGCGUGCGGUGGCUGGCGGCAAGGGUGGAGCCCGACGCCCAGUUGACUGGCAGCGGAGACUCCCUCGAGGGUCGAGUGGCUCUAGUGUCGCAUGCCUUAGAGUUGUUUCACUCUCGAGCCAACUUGAAGCUGAAUGGAAAACGACUGUACGGUGCGGACGGCUGGGCGGUGAGAGAGUUGCUGAAAGUUGCAACGUACUUACGCGCGGCGCUCGAGUCGCCGCCUCCUGACGACCUCCGCGCAGACACCGGCACUCUCUCGUAUGAUGUCAGUAGCAGGGAGCAGCGCGAGCAGGCGCUCUCGCGGCCGCUGGACGUGGUGUCGCUAGAAGCGUGCCUGAGACGCGCGGUGUCCAGCGUGGCAGCGCGGGUGGAAGAAGUCCGGGAGCAGGUGGGCGGUGUGGCGGCCAGCGAGGCGGCGCUUGACGCAAAGCUCGAGCGGCGAGCUGCUGAGUUGCAGCGUGCCGAGAAGCGGCUACUCGCCGUCCAGAAGAUCAAACCAGCUUACCAAGCGGAACUAACAGUGCUGGAGAAGGAGAUCGAAGAGCUGUGGGACCAGUACGUACUGAGGUACCGCUGUGUGGAGUCGCUCAAGCACCAACUCAGCUUGCUUGAAAGAGCUCAGGCCGAGGCCGCAGAAGAGCAACAGGCGGCAAUUAUGCAGCUUAUACACAAGUACGAGACAGAGGAUGUGCUCGGGAAACUCAGCGAAUCGGAUGAGGAUGAUUCUAGCGAGGAGAGUAAGGACUCGGGCUCUAUGAAGCAGCCACGCCCAGCCACCAGGCCGAGGACCAGGCUCAGGAUCAAGACCGCUGGCGGUCCGGGCGGCGACGGGCGGCGCGCUUUCGGUGCGAUGGCGGCGCGCGAUUCGCUCGACGACGUGCGGCGCGACAACGACUCGAAUUCCGAUACCGACCUCUCCGACACACAGCUAUAUGGGGAGUCUGCGCGCUGGCCCCGUGCCCGGCCGCGCACGCGUACUCUGGCCGCAGCCGAAGACUUCGGGGAUUUCGGACAUGAUGAGGAAGAUAUAAGAGAGGGAACAGUGGCGAGGGUUGGCUCGGCAUCAGCGAGCUCCUCCGACAGUGAACUGCGACGAGCCUCCGCACUCACAGACGAUGAGUUCUAA